AUGGCUGAAUUCGUUAGAGCUCAGAUCUUUGGGACAACCUUUGAGAUUACUUCCAGGUACUCUGAUUUACAGCCGGUGGGCAUGGGCGCAUUUGGUCUCGUUUGCUCUGCCAAAGAUAACCUCACCGGUUCAAAUGUCGCGGUUAAAAAGAUCAUGAAACCAUUUAGCACACCAGUCUUAUCCAAGAGAACUUACAGAGAACUGAAGUUGUUGAAACAUCUCAAGCACGAGAAUGUUAUCUCGCUCAGCGAUAUCUUCAUUUCCCCUCUUGAGGAUAUCUACUUCGUCACCGAACUCCUUGGCACAGAUUUACAUCGUUUGUUGACCUCGCGACCACUCGAGAAACAAUUCAUUCAGUACUUCUUGUAUCAAAUCUUGCGUGGAUUGAAAUACGUUCACUCUGCAGGAGUCGUUCAUCGUGAUCUCAAGCCAAGCAACAUCCUCGUCAAUGAGAACUGCGAUCUUAAGAUCUGCGAUUUCGGUCUUGCUCGUAUUCAAGAUCCUCAAAUGACCGGAUAUGUCUCUACAAGAUACUACAGAGCACCAGAGAUUAUGCUUACAUGGCAAAAGUAUGACGUGGAAGUUGAUGUUUGGAGUGCGGGAUGCAUUUUCGCAGAGAUGCUGGAAGGCAAACCUUUGUUCCCUGGAAAGGAUCAUGUCAACCAAUUCUCCAUCAUCACAGAACUCCUCGGAACACCACCAGAUGAUGUUAUCCACACCAUCGCCAGUGAAAACACCUUGAGGUUCGUGCAAUCUCUACCAAAACGUGAGAGACAACCUCUUGCAAACAAGUUUCAUAAUGCAGAUCCAUUAGCCAUUGAUCUCCUCGAGAAAAUGCUGGUUUUCGACCCCAGAACGCGAGUUAAGGCAGCCGAGGCGUUGGCACAUGAUUACCUUUCUCCUUACCACGAUCCUACCGAUGAGCCAGUGGCAGAGGAGAAGUUUGACUGGUCAUUUAAUGACGCAGACCUUCCAGUGGACACCUGGAAAAUCAUGAUGUACUCCGAGAUUCUUGAUUAUCAUAACGUCAACGACGCCCAAAAUCUGGUGGAUGGUCAGUAG